AUACUUUUUUUUCAGAGUACUUACAUUUUACUUAUGUAUUGGUAUAUAAAGACAGUUAUUCAGCCUAACUGAGAGUCUCCAGCAAGUGCCCUAUCACAGUUCCUGAAUUCCUGUUUAUUUUUGCAAAAUUCUUUAUGUCCACAAACAGGUUUCUAAGUAAAUAACACAUUGAAGACUGAAAUGGAUUACAGGCAGAAGGCGUGUCUUAGUUAAAUCUUUUAAGUGAGCAUGUGCCUAUGAAAGGAGUGUGGGUGUGCAAACAGCAGGUUAACAGGACAAAAGUUGAAGCCAGUCUUACUGUUGUCAGAGAUGAUGAGGAUGUUUCACGUACUGAGUGCCGUGUUCGCUGUCAUUCUCCUAGCGAGAGGUUGUGAUGCACAACUUUUAGUAUGUGGCAGGCCUACAUUAUCCACUAAAAUAGUAGGAGGACAGAGUGCUACUGCUGGUGCUUGGCCGUGGCAGGUCAGUCUUCAUGGGAGCUCUGGACAUUUCUGUGGUGGAUCACUCAUCAACAAUGAAUGGGUCCUGACAGCGGCUCACUGCUUUUCCAGUAUUACAGCCACUGACCUGACUGUGCUCCUGGGCCUACAGACACAGUCAGGAACAAAUCCAAAUUCGGUCAGCCGUACGGUCUCUGAAAUCAUAAAGCAUCCAAACUACAACAGCAAAACUAAUGACAAUGACAUCACUCUUCUGCAUCUGUCUUCACCUGUGGUUUUUACUGACUAUAUAAAACCGGUCUGCCUGGCCACAGAAGGCAGCACAUUCUACAGCGGAACAUCAAGCUGGGUCACCGGAUGGGGAAAUAUUGGCGUUGAUGUUCCUCUGCCUUCACCACAAACUCUUCAGGAAGUAAAUGUGCCUGUCAUUGGAAACAGAAAGUGCAACUGCCUUUAUAACAAUGAUAUUACAAACAACAUGAUGUGUGCUGGACAGAUACAAGGGGGGAAAGACUCCUGCCAGGGUGACUCGGGUGGACCAAUGGUAAGCAAACAGGACUCAGUCUGGAUCCAGUCUGGGAUCGUAAGCUUUGGCAUAGGAUGUGCUCAAGCUCAGUUUCCUGGUGUGUAUACCCGAGUUUCUAAGUACCAGAGUUGGAUCAACCAGCAUAUCACCACCAACCAGCCAGGAUUCAUUAUGUUUACCUCCAGUGGUACUGACAGUGACCUAAGCGUGAGCUGUACCAGUGUACCCGCCAUUACAUCAACUGCUGCACCUGUAACUGUUACGACCCCUGCACCUGUGGUGUGUGGACAGGCCAAACUGAACACCCUUGAUGGAGAAGGUAACUCGCUCGCAUCUUCUGGUGCAUGGCCUUGGAUGGCCAGUCUACAAUUUAACGGCAGUCACGUCUGUGGAGGAACGAUGGUUGCCGAGCGGUUUGUCAUGACCACUGCCAGCUGUUUUUCCAGAUCAACAAAUGCAUCCCAGUGGACUGUGAUCCUGGGCCGUUUGAAUCAGAACAGUUCCAACCCCAAUGAGGUCUACGUACAAGUGGCCAAAAUCACCAUCAGCAGUUUGACAGGUGACAACAUUGCUGUCGUGCAGCUGGCCAGCGCACCAAAACUCUCAGAUUAUAUUCAACCGAUAUGUGUGGACCUGGGAGGUACUACCUUCAACGUUAAUGCUACAUGCUGGACGUCAGGCUGGGGUUCAGGAUCAGGAGGAGUUACUCAAACCCUUCAACAAAUUCAAACCACUGUUGUGAAUUGUGGGAACUCAUCUUCAAUCGGCAGUAUUUGUACAACUGCCAUGAACUUACAGGAGGGUGAUCAGGGUGGUCCUCUGAUGUGUAAGCAAGGUCUGUCAUGGAUCCAGGCUGCUGUUGUGACGAUACAAAACAACAGCACUAACACAAGCGUCAGUAACUCCACAGUAGCGAGCCGGUCCGUUCGCGCCCCAGAUAUCCAGAGAUUCACUAAAACCUCAAGCUUUUCAUCAUUCCUGACGUCUGUGGUGGGUUCUUUCCCUCCCGCUGUAGGAAGCACCCCGAAUUCCUCUACCAGCAUGUCUCCCUUUUCUUUAUGUUUUACAACUGCACUCCUGUUUUCACUUACAGCGCUUCAGAUCUUUCAUUCACUUGAGCAUGUGCUUAUAAAAGGAGUGUGGGUGUGUAGAAAACAUUUGAAGCCAGUCUUACUGUUGUCAGAGACGAUGAAGAUGUUUCACAUACUGAGUGUCGUGUUUGCUGUCACUCUCCUAGCGAGAGGUUGUGAUGCACAACUUUCAGUAUGUGGCAGGCCUACAUUAUCCACUAAAAUAGUAGGAGGACAGAGUGCUACUGCUGCUGCUUGGCCGUGGCAGGUCAGUCUUCAUGGGAGCUCUGGACAUUUCUGUGGUGGAUCACUCAUCAACAAUGAAUGGGUCCUGACAGCGGCUCACUGCUUUUCUAGUACUUCAACUGCAUCCCUGACUGUGUACCUGGGCCUACAGACACAGUCAGGAUCAAAUCCAAAUUCAACCAGCCGUACGGUCUCUGAUAUCAUAAAGCAUCCAAACUACAACAGCAAAACUAAUGACAAUGACAUCACUCUUCUGCAUCUGUCUUCACCUGUAAAUUUUACUGACUAUAUAAAACCAGUCUGCCUGGCCGCAGAAGGCAGCACGUUCUACAGCGGCACAUCAAGCUGGGUCACCGGAUGGGGAAAUAUUGCCGUUGAUGUUCCUCUGGGUUCACCACAAACUCUUCAGGAAGUAAAUGUGCCUGUCAUUGGAAACAGAAAGUGCAACUGCGCUUAUAACAAUGAUAUCACAAACAACAUGAUCUGUGCUGGACUGAUACAAGGGGGGAAAGACUCCUGCCAGGGUGACUCGGGUGGACCAAUGGUAAGCAAACAGAACUCAGUCUGGAUCCAGUCUGGGAUCGUAAGCUUUGGCAUAGGAUGUGCUCAAGCUCAGUUUCCUGGUGUGUAUACCCGAGUUUCUAAGUACCAGAGUUGGAUCAACCAGUCUAUCACCACCAACCAGCCAGGUUUCAUUACGUUCACCUCCAAUGGUACUGACAUUGACCUAAGCGUGAGCUGUACCAGUGUACCUGCCAUUACAUCAACUGCUGCAACUGUUACGACCCCUGCACCUGUGGUGUGUGGACAGGCCAAACUGAACACCCUUGAUGGAGGAGGUAACUCGCUCGCAUCUUCUGGUGCAUGGCCUUGGAUGGCCAGUCUACAAUUUAACGGCAGUCACGUCUGUGGAGGAACGAUGGUUGCCGAGCGGUUUGUCAUGACCACUGCCAGUUGUUUUACCAGAUCAACAAAUGCAUCCCAGUGGACUGUGAUCCUGGGCCGUCUGAAUCAGAACAGUUCCAACCCCAAUGAGGUCUACGUACAAGUCGCCAACAUCACCAUCAGCAAUUUGACAGGUGACAACAUUGCUGUCUUGCAGCUGGCCAGCGCACCAAAACUCUCAGAUUAUAUUCAACCGAUAUGUGUGGACCUGGGAGGUACUACCUUCAACGUUAAUGCUACAUGCUGGACGGCAGGCUGGGGUUCAGGAUCAGGAGGAGUUUCUCAAACCCUUCAACAAAUUCAAACCACUGUUGUGAAUUGUGGGAACUCAUCUUCAAACGGCAGUAUUUGUACAACUGCCAUGAACUUACAGGAGGGUCAUCAGGGUGGUCCUCUGAUGUGUAAGCAAGGUCUGUCAUGGAUCCAGGCUGCUGUUGUAACGAUACAAAACAACAGCACUAACACAAGCGUCAGUAACUCCACAGUAGCGAGCCGGUCCGUUCGCGCACAAGAUAUCCAGAGAUUCCUGAAUUCUGUGUUGUGUUCUUUUUCCCAAAAACAAACAAACAGCACAAACGCAACUGUAGGAAGCACACCGAGUUCCUCCACCAGCGUGUCCCCAUUUUCUUUAUGUUUUACAACUGCACUCCUGUUUUCACUUACAGUGCUUCAAAUCUUUCAUUGUAACUGAGAUCAGUGAAGUCUGAGUAGAAACAUUUUGAUUAACCUUAAACGUGACUGUAAAAUGUGACUAAGACCCAUAGCCCAUAUUUCUUUUUUACUUGACUUAUGAGAAAUAUUCUUGCACUGAGAUCAGUUGUUAUAUCUUACUGGCUGUACGUUCAGAAUGACUGCUUAAAUUUAAACUGUACUCAUUGUCUUCUAUGCAUACACAUUGCGUUGUACUGUACAAAUUGCAUUGUAGCAUUUCUAUGCAAACUUGCACUUCAUGGUAAUGUCCCAGUUUGAAGUGUUUCAGUUCUAAUAGCUAAAAUACUGCUACUGUAUCAUAUUUAACACAUUACCUCGAGCUGUACCAUACUUGGGACAUUGCUGUACAUUUAUAAUGAUCUAAAUUAAGAUCUCUUUUUACUACACUUUUCUAAAUGUGAACUGUAAAACAAUCAAAUGUUUGUAAAUAAACUUUUUGACUUUGAAAUUAAAAUAAUACAUUGAUGUUAAAGACAUUGCAU